CAGCUGACGGGCCGCGUUGUUUACGGGCCGAGCAGCCCUCGCUCCCGCCGCCCGCUCGCCACCCGCCUGCCCAGGUGCCCGCCCGCCUGUCCGCGCGUCCGUUUGUCCGCGCGUCCGAAGAUCUGAGUCCCCGAGCGCCCGGGGCCGAGAGCCGGGAGUCAGGGGCGCAGCGCCGGGCUCGGGGCCCUGAGAUCGCGGGACGGGGCCCGGGCCGCGGUGGCCCGGAGUCGGGGCCGCCUCCACCGGGCCGCGCUGCCGGAUUUGCAGCGGCGGAGGCCGCGCACCCCUCCUGGGGCUGUUUCAAGGACCCUCCCGGGCGGAGGCUGCGGCCCCUGGGCCGCCCGCGUGGAAGAGAAGGACGCGCGGCCCCCAGCGCCUCUCGGGCGGCUGCUUUGGAGCAUGCACCCCUCGGGCCGGCGCCGCGCGCUCUGAUCCAUCCGGACCCCGCGCUCCCGUAGCCAUGGGCGCCGGGGGCGGGCGGGGGGCGGCGGCCGUGCCUCUGCUGGUGGCCGUUGCCGCGCUGCUGGUGGGCGCCGCGGGCCACCUGUACCCUGGAGAGGUGUGCCCUGGCAUGGAUAUCCGGAAUAACCUCACCCGGCUGCACGAGCUGGCCAACUGCUCGGUCAUCGAAGGACAUUUGCAGAUCCUAUUGAUGUUCAAAACGAGACCUGAGGACUUCCGAGACCUCAGUUUCCCCAAGCUCACCAUGAUCACUGAUUACUUGCUGCUCUUCCGGGUCUACGGGCUGGAGAGCCUGAAGGACCUGUUCCCCAACCUCACGGUCAUCCGGGGCUCCCGCCUCUUCUUUAACUACGCGCUGGUCAUCUUCGAGAUGGUUCACCUGAAGGAGCUUGGCCUCUACAACUUGAUGAACAUUACUCGGGGCUCCGUCCGCAUCGAGAAGAACAAUGAACUCUGCUACCUGGCCACUAUCGACUGGUCUCGCAUCCUGGAUUCCGUGGAGGAUAAUUACAUCGUGCUGAACAAAGACGACAAUGAGGAGUGUGGGGACAUUUGUCCAGGCGCCGCGAAGGGCAAGACCAACUGCCCUGCCACCGUCAUCAACGGGCAAUUUGUGGAGCGGUGUUGGACGCACAGCCACUGCCAGAAAGUGUGUCCGACCAUCUGUAAGUCUCACGGCUGCACCGCUGAGGGUCUCUGUUGCCACAGUGAGUGCUUGGGCAACUGCUCUGAGCCUGACGACCCCACCAAGUGUGUGGCCUGUCGCAACUUCUACCUGGAUGGCAGGUGCGUGGAGACCUGCCCGCCCCCCUACUACCACUUCCAAGACUGGCGCUGUGUGAACUUCAGCUUCUGCCAGGACCUGCACAACAAAUGCAAGAACUCUCGGAGGCAGGGCUGCCACCAGUAUGUCAUUCACAAUAACAAGUGCAUCCCUGAGUGCCCCUCCGGGUACACGAUGAAUUCCAGCAACUUGAUGUGCACUCCAUGCCUGGGCCCCUGUCCCAAGGUGUGCCACCUCCUGGAAGGCGAGAAGACCAUUGACUCAGUGACAUCUGCCCAGGAGCUCCGAGGCUGCACCAUCAUCAACGGAAGCUUAAUCAUCAACAUUCGAGGGGGCAACAACCUGGCAGCUGAGCUAGAGGCCAACCUUGGACUCAUUGAAGAAAUUUCAGGGUAUCUGAAAAUCCGCCGAUCAUAUGCCCUCGUGUCACUUUCCUUCUUCCGGAAGUUACGUCUGAUUCGAGGGGAGACCUUGGAAAUUGGGAACUACUCUUUCUAUGCCUUGGACAACCAGAACCUAAGGCAGCUGUGGGACUGGAGCAAACACAACCUCACCAUCACUCAGGGGAAACUCUUCUUCCACUAUAAUCCCAAACUCUGCUUGUCAGAAAUUCACAAGAUGGAGGAAGUUUCAGGAACCAAGGGGCGCCAGGAGAGAAACGACAUUGCCCUGAAGACCAAUGGGGACCAGGCAUCCUGUGAAAAUGAAUUACUUAAAUUUUCUUACAUUCGGACAUCUUAUGACAAGAUCUUGCUGAAAUGGGAGCCGUAUUGGCCCCCCGACUUCCGAGACCUCUUGGGAUUCAUGCUCUUCUACAAAGAGGCCCCUUAUCAGAACGUGACAGAGUUUGAUGGGCAGGAUGCAUGUGGCUCCAACAGCUGGACCGUGGUGGAUAUUGACCCGCCUAUGAGGUCCAACGACCCCAAGUCACAGAACCACCCCGGGUGGCUAAUGCGUGGUCUCAAGCCCUGGACCCAGUACGCCAUCUUUGUCAAGACCUUGGUCACCUUUUCUGAUGAACGCCGCACAUACGGGGCCAAGAGCGACAUCAUCUAUGUCCAGACAGAUGCCACUAAUCCUUCUGUCCCCUUGGAUCCCAUCUCGGUGUCUAAUUCUUCGUCCCAGAUUAUUCUGAAGUGGAAGCCUCCCUCUGACCCCAACGGCAACAUCACACACUACUUGGUAUUCUGGGAGAGACAGGAGGAAGACGGUGAACUGUAUGAAUUAGAUUAUUGCCUCAAAGGGUUGAAGCUGCCCUCCCGGACCUGGUCUCCACCGUUCGAGUCUGAGGGGUCCCAGAAGCACAAUCAGAGUGAGUACGAAGAGUCUGCUGGUGAAUGCUGUUCCUGCCCGAAGACCGACUCUCAGAUCCUCAAGGAGCUGGAGGAGUCCUCAUUCAGGAAAACAUUCGAAGAUUACCUACACAAUGUCGUUUUCAUCCCCAGAAAAUCCUCUUCAGGCCCUGUUGCCGAGGACACUAGGCCGUCGAGGAAACGCAGGGCCCUUGGUGAUGUGGGGAAUGUGACAGCGGCCGUGCCCACCAUUCCGGGAUUCCCCAAUACGUCCUCAACCAGCCCACCUACGAGCUCAGAGGAGCACAGACCAUUCGAGAAAGUGGUGAACAAGGAGUCUCUGGUCAUCUCUGGCCUGCGUCACUUUACUGGCUAUCGCAUUGAGCUGCAGGCUUGCAACCAAGAUUCCCCCGAGGAGAGGUGCAGUGUGGCUGCAUAUGUCAGUGCCAGGACCAUGCCCGAAGCCAAGGCAGAUGAUAUUGUUGGCCCCGUGACCCAUGAAAUCUUUGAGAACAACAUCGUUCACUUGAUGUGGCAGGAGCCCAAGGAACCCAACGGUCUGAUCGUGCUGUACGAAGUGAGUUAUCGACGAUACGGCGAAGAGGAGCUGCACCUCUGUGUCUCCCGCAGGCAUUUUGCUCUGGAGCGGGGCUGCAGGCUGCGUAGUCUGCCACCCGGGAAUUACAGUGUGCGAGUUCGGGCCACCUCCCUGGCGGGCAAUGGCUCCUGGACGGAAGCCACCUAUUUCUACGUCACAGACUAUUUAGACGUGCCAUCAAAUAUUGCAAAAAUUAUCAUCGGCCCCCUCAUCUUUGUCUUUCUCUUCAGUGUUGUGAUCGGAAGUAUUUAUCUAUUCCUGAGAAAGAGGCAGCCGGAUGGGCCACUGGGACCACUGUAUGCUUCUUCAAACCCCGAGUACCUCAGUGCCAGUGAUGUGUUUCCCUGCUCUGUGUACGUGCCGGAUGAGUGGGAGGUGCCUCGAGAGAAGAUCACGCUCCUGCGAGAACUGGGGCAGGGCUCCUUCGGCAUGGUGUACGAGGGCAACGCCAGGGACAUUGUCAAGGGCGAGGCGGAGACCCGAGUGGCGGUGAAGACGGUCAACGAGUCUGCCAGCCUGCGAGAGCGGAUCGAAUUUCUCAACGAGGCCUCGGUCAUGAAGGGCUUCACCUGCCACCACGUGGUCCGCCUCCUGGGGGUGGUAUCCAAAGGCCAGCCGACGCUGGUGGUGAUGGAGUUGAUGGCUCAUGGGGACUUGAAGAGCUACCUCCGUUCCCUGCGGCCUGAGGCCGAGAAUAACCCCGGCCGCCCUCCCCCUACCCUGCAAGAGAUGAUUCAGAUGGCUGCAGAGAUUGCCGACGGGAUGGCAUACCUGAACGCCAAGAAGUUUGUACACCGGGACCUCGCAGCUCGAAACUGCAUGGUUGCCCACGAUUUUACCGUCAAAAUUGGAGACUUUGGAAUGACCAGAGACAUCUACGAAACGGAUUACUACCGGAAAGGGGGAAAGGGUCUGCUCCCCGUGCGGUGGAUGGCACCCGAAUCGCUGAAGGACGGGGUCUUUACCACUUCUUCGGACAUGUGGUCCUUUGGUGUGGUCCUUUGGGAAAUUACCAGCUUGGCAGAACAGCCUUACCAAGGCCUAUCAAACGAGCAGGUGUUAAAAUUUGUCAUGGAUGGAGGGUAUCUGGAUCAACCCGACAAUUGUCCAGAGAGAGUCACCAACCUGAUGCGCAUGUGCUGGCAGUUCAACCCCAAGAUGCGGCCGACCUUCCUGGAAAUUGUCGACCUGCUCAAGGACGAGCUGCACCCCAGUUUUCCCGAAGUUUCCUUCUUCCACAGCGAGGAGAACAAAGUGCCCGAAAGCGAGGAGCUGGAGAUGGAAUUUGAGGACAUGGAGAGUGUCCCCCUGGACCGGUCCUCACAUGCGCAGAGGGAGGAGGCCGGCGGCCGGGAUGGAGGGCCCGCACUGGGGCUAAAGAGAAACUAUCAGGAACACAUCCCCUACACCCACAUGAACGGGGGCAAGAAAAAUGGACGCAUUCUGACUCUGCCCCGGUCUAAUCCUUCCUAAUGGCCCCUGCUCGGGGGAAUGGUUCCUGUCUUCACUUUCCUCUGGUUUGAAGGCCUUCAGAAAACUCAGGAUUUUCACACGACUCAGCCACAGUGUCAAAUGGAGCUCAGAGAUCAUGACUAUCCAUUUCUGUUCCUCUUCUGACUUAAAACACAUUGGUUUGAUUGCCAAUUUGACUAGUCAUCUGAGAACUUAACUGUGAACCUAGAUGGGAAAGGGGUUUCCACGGCUGCUGUCCUUUUGGACCACCGAGGUUUCAAGCCCGGAUGUUACUUUUUUUUUUUUUUUUCCUAGCAGAUUGAAAGAAAACACCUGUUUUUACAAAGUGGUUUUUUUUUUGUUGUUUUUUUUGUUUUUUUGUGUUUUUUUUUGCUGGUGUCUGAGCUACAGUGUAAAACAUAAAUCUUGUUUGUGGAACAAAAGUUAGAAAGAAAGAAAAAAAAAACAGCAAAACCCUGUCCUAGUAGAAUUCCAAACUUUGCAGAGUGGGCUUCAGGAAAGUUUUUUUCAUCCAGAAGGAUUUUUUUUUUUCUUCACAAAAUCAGUUCCUCAAAUUGACCAAUAGCUGCUGCUUUUGUACUUUGGAUAUAGUUUUGCAGUCCUGGGUUGUGGCUCACGUGUGUACUCGUGUGUGCGCGUGUGUGUGUGUGUGCAAAUCAUGCGUGCUGAGUGGCUGCUUUGGGGAUCAGCCCAUGAAGGUUCUGCUCUUCUGGAGUGUGUGAGCCCCUGAUCUGCUCCCUCACUCCCUUCCUUCUUAUCUAUCGGGACACUGCGCCCUCAAGAUUCUCCUUCAGUCCCUGUUUAGCCUCAGGAGUCUUCUGUCCCUUAACUUUGGUGAAAAAUAUUUUCCAGGAGCCAUGGGAGUCGUUUGGAGUGAUAAUGGAUCUUUUCAAGACUAAACAAAAGCCAGGACAUAAAAAAAAAAGAAAA